AUGAGUACUUUGUCGGUUGCAGUUUUCUUGAUUUCAUUUCAUUUUGCCUUUGCUCAGUACCCAUUUGGUAGAGGAGGGUGUGGAGGAUGCCCGACUCCAAUGUGCCAACCAAGAAUGCCAUGUGCUGCACCGAUGCCAAUGCCGAUGCCAAUGCCAGUCUGUCCUCCACCUCCACCAUGCCCGGCUCAAUUCUGUCCACCACCACCAAUUUGUCCUCCGCCUCCACCACCGCCAAUGCCAUGCCCUCCACCACCUCCACCAAUGCCGAGACCAUCUUGCCCGUGUAUGAUGCAACGACCAUCGUUCUACCCAUCAUAUGUUCCCCAGUACUAUCAGCCAAUGAUGCCUCAGCCAAUGCCAACAGCUGGAGGAUGUGGAGGUGGUGCAGUUGUACCAUCAGUCAGAAUUCCAGCUCAGAACGAUUGUUGCUGUGGCUGCUCAUCGCCAUGCAAGUACAAAAGUGUGAGACGCGCCGCAUUUGCAGCCAAAACAAUCGACCCUUCGUGUAACAGUUCCGAACUGAAAAACAUUAUCCUUGAUAAUAUUAGCGAAGAUGCAAGUGAAUCAAAGAGGAACAUUCAGAAAAUUGCCGAAGAAACACUAGGCCAUGAGGUGAACGUUAUUUGUGGUACAGGAGAAUUCAGUUACAUAGCUCAUACCGAUACAUUCUGCCAAGCAUUUAAGGAAGAUGUCACCUGUUAUGCAUUCAAACCAUUGCAAUAAACUUAUUUGGUGUUUUUUUUUUGUCUGUAUUUCCUGCUUUUUCUGUCCACUACUGGCUUCAAUAAAUUAAUUUUUUG